AUGGAAAAGACCGCCGUGCUGCUGCUCUUUGCCGUGAUGAAUCUCUGGUUCACUCCGGUGGCUGGUGAGGAGGAGUCAAAAAUGCUGAAGCCCGUGCCCAUACGAUUUAUACCGCUGCUCGAUAUUAAGGAGAAGGAGUUCGAGGCGGGCUUCGAGGUAAUCGACACCGAUUUGCCCUUCGUCGUGGCUUUGGACUUUAGGGGACGCAAGGGCAGUUGGUUCUGCGCGGGUGCCAUACUGGGCCAUUGCUGGAUCGUCACUGUGGCGUCUUGCACCAAGCACGCGGCCCAUGUGGCCAUCAGCUACGGCGCCUACCAGCGCGACAAGUCCCUCUUUACGCGGCACGUCACCGGCAAGGCCAUCCACAACAAUCCCAUGAACAAGGAGUUCAAGCACGACUUGUCCCUCAUCCGCACCAGCUAUGUGAAUUUCACGGACCGAGUGCGCGCCAUAUCACUGCCCUCCCAGAAGAUCCGGCUGCCCUACAUCGACGAGUGGACCUACUCGGCGGGCUGGGGCCGGCACCACGUCGCCCUGAUGAGCACCAACCAGCUGCGCCUCAUUCAGGUGGAGGCGAAGUCAAAUCACUAUUGCCGGAAGACUGGUUUCGGCCAGAUCAUAAUGGACUCGAUGAUGUGCACCAGCUUGGCUGAGGCGGACAACAGCUGUCUGCUGGACUCCGGCAGUCCGCUGGUGCUGCGCGACCUACAGGUGAUCGUUGGCGUGGCCUCCUUUGCCAGCCAGCUGGACUGCCGGCAAAAUCGGCUGCUGGUCUACACGCGACUCACAGAAUACAUCCCAUGGAUACGAUCCCUCAUUCGGGACGAUGUGUGA